UCAAGCCCGGUCACGUGAGGGAGGGGAGGUGCGGGGCUGGCGCCUGGCCAGUGGCAGAGAGGAGCUGAUGGGUGGAACAGACCGGGCACCAAAAGGAGGAAGGGAAACGGAGGGAGCCGAGGCGGACAGGACUAACGGAUCCGAGGAAUGUAAGGCAGUCGGCUCCAGGCUAGAUCUGGGAGAGAGAGAGAGAAAGAGAGAGAGAGAUCCCUUCCCGCUGCUUUUUUGGGGGUAGCAAGGAGAGACCAUGGCCUGCGUCUUGAAGCGCAAGGCAAUAAUGGUGGUAGGCUUUAUAGCAGCAUUUCUACUCCUGAUCAUUGCCCGCCUUACAAAUGAAGUCAACUUUCCUCUGAUACUCAGCUGCUUUGGACAAGCCAGUGUCAAAUUGAUGCCAUUUUCUUAUACACAAAGACGUCCUCUAAGAACACACUAUGGAUAUAUUAAUGUGAAAACAGAAGAGCCUCUACAACUGGACUGUGAUCUCUGUGCCAUUAUUUCAAAUUCAGGACAAAUGACCAAGCAGAAAGUAGGAUAUGAAAUUGACCAGUCAUCCUGUAUAUGGAGGAUGAACAACGCUCCCACCAGGGGCUAUGAAGAUGAUGUUGGGAAACGGACAACAAUAAGAGUUGUGUCCCACACCAGCGUCCCCCUUCUGCUUAAAAAUUCUGAAUAUUUUUUCAAGGAAACGAACAACACAGUCUAUGUCAUCUGGGGACCUUUUAGAAACAUGAGGAAAGACGGCAGUGGCAUUGUGUACAACAUGCUAAAGAAAACUGUGGACAACUAUCCUGAAGCCAAAAUCUAUGUGACCACAGAAAAGCGCAUGAGCUAUUGUGAUGAAGUGUUUAAAAUGGAAACAGGAAGAGAUAGAAUUCAGUCAGGAUCCUAUCUCAGCACCGGUUGGUUUACCUUAAUUCUGGCCAUGGAUGCUUGCUACAGAAUACAUGUCUAUGGGAUGAUAAAUGACACCUACUGCAAGUCAGAAGGCUUUAGGAAGGUUCCUUAUCACUACUAUGAGCCUGGAAGAGAUGAAUGUGACGAGUACUUCCUACAUGAAAACGCACCCUAUGGAGGCCACAGGUUUAUCACAGAAAAGAAAGUAUUUGCAGAAUGGGCUAAGAAGCAUUCGAUAAUAUUUACACAUCCCAACUGGACAUUGUCUUGAUGUUGGUUGUCACAGGCCGCCAUUCGUGGUGUCAUGUUCCAUGCAAGGCAAACCUUCGUUUACAGUGAUGUUUGCAACUGACUUGACUUUCUGAACUUAGGCACUGGCACAGAAAAUAAACACAUGAUUCCAAUCUAGGACAAACCUACCAACAUGCAGAAGACAUAUAAAAUGCUUAUUCUGCCUUUUAUGAUUAAGAUAGAAAAAUGCAUUUUUCUUCUCAGCAUAAUUCUUUUUUAAUUCCACAUGACAGCAGUUUAAAUUUUAGAUGGAAAUGUUCUUGAGGGGGGAAACACAACCCCAUUCAGACUUAACAUUCUAAAUACUUGGGGAAUAUCUAUAAAUACUUGAAUUUAGUUUGUAAGAACCAGCUCCAUGUGUGAUUUUGUUUUUUUAAGUAUGCAUUUGUACAAAUUCAUCAUGGAAAGAUUAGAGAUGGGCUAAGAAAGAUUCCUGAACUCCACUUAAUUUCUAUAUAAGAGGACUGUGUAUGUCUGAAACCCAGGGGUGAUUCAGAUGCUGUGAAUGACAACCUGCUUCCAUAGCAGUGAAGAAUUCAGAUUAUGCCAAUGAUGUAUUCAGUCACCCUCUGUUUUUGGAGCAGAACCUUUAUUAGCUGCUGUGUAGGUGUGAUUGGAAAUAGAGGCCCAGAACCUCAUACCUCUCAGUUGGUAUUGAACACUGAAUCCUGUGUGGUCUAGAGUAAUUUGGCGCAAUUCUCUGCCUCAAAUUUUCCAUGCUUAAAAAUGGAGAUUACAUCUACCUCACAAGGGUGUUGGAAUGCAUCUGCAGUGCUUUUUCAAUACGUGAUCCUUUGCAUGUACCUAUUCAUGGGAUUCUGACACCCCCUUUGUGUUUUGUACUUGAGGAGCCUUGAACCCAUGGUGUGAAAUUUGUGCUUUCAAAUACUGACUAUCUUCACUCCUACUCCACGUUCACAGACUUCUUCUGAAGGUUCUUCUCACCAAAUUAUCCCUUCUGUGAAUAGAGCUCUGGAAUAUUUUGUACUGGCCCAUUUCUAACUAAAGUAUCCAUGAUUCAGUCAACACCAGGACCUUAUGAAACAUUAGAUAAUGAGGUCAGUAAGGUUUGCAAUGAAGAAAAAGAACAAAAAUUUAAGGAGAAAGGCUAAUAAAGGUAUCAAAUACAAGUUUGGAAAAUGAGAUUUCUGCUGUCCUUCUGAACUAUCAGAAGAAGUACAGCAGAAGAACUUAAUAUUCAAACCAAUUGUCCAAAGCUUAGAGUAUAAAUGAUAUAUUGUUCUAUAUCAUGUCAAAGGGGUCCUUGAAAAUGGGACAUCAAAAUUAAAACACUGUAACAAUACUGCUAAAACUUGAAAAUACGUUCAUUGACUCUUACAAAUGUGCAACUGUCAAAGAGCCUGAACAGCCACCAGACAUUUUGCAUUGCUCAACUGAAUCAUGAAAUGGUAGUAGCAAAAUCCUAUUUUUACAUGUAAGUAUUUGUAUAAGGAUUGUAUUUCAUAUUGUAUAUUUGUAUAUAGAGGUCUAUAUUUUAUAUGUUCACAGUGUAUACAUUUUCAUUCCAUCACCACCAUAUUUAAGUGCCACCUUCCUCUAGAAUGGAUUUGUGCACAACGUACUGUUAUAUCACUUUACCACCAAGCAGAUAUAAUAGAGGUAAGCUCUCGUUUCUCCCCAGUAGGUUCUUGCUUAUCUCUUCUCUUUUAUUUAUGGGCUUAUAACUACCUCACAACCAACACAAAAGUUCUUCUUUGUUCAGCAAGCAAGAGUUAUAACAGAAAGUAUGCACAAACCUUGGAAGGAAAACAUCGCUCACCAGCAGUGUGAUUGAAUUUUCUACUUUUGUUAUUGUUGUUGCUGUUCCAUAUAUUAGUCACUGUUCUUUCUUCUGAGACAGUUCUCUUGCUUGUCAGUUCUAGAAUUGUUCUCUAUUUCUGCUGGUCUUUCCAGAGAAUGGCAUUUUGUUCUUUAUUCCUGAUUCAGCCCCACCUAGGUAUGCCUUGCACUUGGUAGAAAGACACUCAGACCAAGAAUACCAUUAAGAUACCACACUGGGAUUUAGCAAAAUAGGGGUAAAUGUACAGAACAAACAUAUAUCUAUUUUAUACUGAUUUGGGUUCAUGACUGUCAACUUAUAGUUUGGUCAGGAUGCUAAGAAAGCUUUCACAGGCCCCUUCUACACUGCCAUAUAAUCCAGUUCAAAGCAGAUAAUAUGGAUCUUACAUGGCAGUGUAGAAGGGUCCUUAGAAAACCUGGCUGACCUUUCCUGAAUGUCUUGGGAUGAAAGACUGACUGUUAAAUCACUCUCUAGCCGACAGAGUGCAAAAUCCUUGAAUCUGAAGCUUCCAAAGCUCCAAUUUGACAUUUCAGUAUUAAAUCAGUAGUUCAUUCACUGGUACUCACGAAAUAAAUGGCAUUUAUAAAAUAAAAUGUAUUUUGAUGUCCCACAAAUUUACCUAAUUUUACUAGUUGUCUGAUUUUCUAUUUCAUCUUAUUCAGAAAUUGACAACUUGCAGUCCUAGGAUUGUACGCAGCCUUUGGCCCAAUAUUGUAUUCUUAUCCACCUGAUUUCAAAAUCCCUUUAAAGAUUAUUGGCUCCAUCUUUCAGUAAGAGUAUUUUGUCCCUUCCUGUGAUUGAAAGGAGGUAGGGAGGGUGAAAGGCCUGUCAUGGAGAUAGAAGAUAAGGAGGGGAAGAUGGGUUAACUAAAAAGGGUGAGGCAUUACAGUAGGACCUUGGUAUCCACUGAGGUUUGGUUCCAGAACCCUGAUGGAUACCAAAAUCUAUGGAUGCUCAAGUCCCAGUAUAUACAAUGGCAUAGCAAAAUGAUGUUUCUUAUAUAAAAUGGCAAAAUCAAGAUUUACUUUUUGGAAUUUCUAUAAAUGAUUGAAUCUGUUGCUGCAGAAUCCACGAAUAUGGAGAACUAACUGCAUCAGUUUUGGUCCUUCCUUUAUUCCAGUGGAUUUACCACUAUCACCUGGAAACAUGCAGUACUCAACAGACUACACUACAACAUAAAAAGAUUCCCCAAUUGUGGGUUAGUUACCGAAAAAUUAGCAGAGACCACAUGUGAUUUGUGCAUCUUGGAUCUUUCUCAUGGUUUAGUCAGUAAUUUUGCUAUUGUUAUUUUGUGAUGUCUAUAACUCUGUGCAUUUACAAAAUCUUUUUCUGUCCUCUCAGUUCCAUGACUUCAAUUAUUUUAUAGCUGUGUGAAAUGUGUGACUCACUAUUUAGGAAUGAUUUGUGCCACAGGUCAAUGGGUUGCAGCAUCAUGAUGGGUUUAGAAGUAACUACUAUAUAUAGAACUUUCUACUUUUGGGAAAUGAGAAAGUAUUGUGUUCCUUUUAAUAACUGAAACAUAAAUCACUUUGGGAGACUGUGAACUGCAGUGAUUAUUACCAGUUACUUUUAAAAGUAACUUUUCAAGGGAGGGUUGUUGACUGCAGGGGAACAAAUCUGUGGGGAUUUGUAACCCUUUCCCCCCACCCUUCCAUUGCAGAAAAUGCUGUGCUAGAUUAAAAAUAGAUAGAAGGAGCCUUUCCAUUUAUGGAAACACGAUCUUAGGUCUAAUCUUUUAUUAUGUAUUCAAGGAGGAACCAAUUGUGUUCUUGGAUUAAUGUGUCUCUUGGUUUGUAGAUAAAAUAACAGGGUCCUAAGAAACCACUAACCAUAACCUCUCUUUGGAAUUGAGAUUCACGCUUACCUAGAAAGAAGUCCCAGUCAACAUAGUGGGUUACCUCUGUGUAGCUACACACAGAUCUUUUCUGACAAGGGUUAAAGUUGGAAUUCAGUAGUUUCAUUUUUUGUUUUGUUUUGUUUAAUGAACAAAUGGAAAAGAUAAAGACAUUGUCUUUUCCUUUUUUUCUAUCAAUGAGACAACCAAAACUAAUUUAGGGCACACUUACAGUUUAAAGGAAAAAGCAAUUUUAAGUGCAAGUGGACAUUAGGGAGAGAAAAGAAAGAAACUAAAUUACAGAAAUUGGAAGUAGAAAUACAAGAACUGGAAAGGAGAUAAAAAUAAUAGAAAACUUUAAAACACAAAUUGGACAACGUCAAGGCUAAUGUAAAACUAACUGAUACCUACAGCAACAUCAACAUUAUACAUAAAACAAAUAUUAGAAGAAUAUUGGUUGGAUUUCGUAUGGAAGUUAUGUAUUUGUUAGUCAAUUCACAUAUACAGGAAGUGAAAUAGGGCGUUUUGUAAUUUCCAGAUCUAGUAGAGAACAACUUUGACAUUACUAUGUAUCAAAGCCUGGAAUGUGACCAUUGUGCAAUGGGACUGAUGCACAACACCAAUGUACAAUGGGACUGAUAUGCAUUGGCACCAUUUUUUUUUUUCAUGUCAGGAGCGACUUGAGAAACUGCAAGUCACUUCUGGUGUGAGAGAAUUGCCCGUCUGCAAGGAUGUUGCCCAGGGGACGCCCAGAUGUUUUGAAUGUUUUUACCAUCCUUGUGGGAGGCUUCUCUCAUGUCCCCGCAUGGAGCUGGAGCUGACAGAGGAAGCUCAUCCAUGCUCUCCCCAGGUUGGAUUCAAACAGGCAACCUUCAGGUCAGCAACCCAACCUUCAAGUCAUCAGUCCUUCCGGCACAAGGGUUUAGCCCACUGUGCCACCGCGGGCUCCUAUGGCACCAACGACUAUCGGGCAGCCAUACAUAUCUUUGCAAUUCUCUAACAGUGUUUCUUAAUGCCUCUGCCACUUUGCUGAGAGUGCAUGAAGUUGUGUUUAGUAAGAGGCGAUACAGAAUUCCAGUAGUUAUACUUAAAACAAUAUUAUUAUACAGAAAUAUUCUUGAAAAAUGAUUAGUUCAGUUGUCUUAAAAUAAAAAUGUUAAUCUAUAGUAGGAAAAUAAGAAACAGAACAAGCAAAGUUUAUGAAGCAGAAGAUAAUUGUUAACAAUGAAAUUCUAUAUAAAUACUGUAUACUCAAAGUAAGCUUGUUCAGUGAGACUUACAAACAGGAUCCUAUAGAUCAAGAUUAUUGUUGAGUAAGAACUGAACGUUUAUUGUUAUUAUAGGGGAAAUACUGUAAAAUUAUAAUUGUUUUCAUUGUGGAUGCUGAGAAAGCAUUUGAUAUGAAUAAAUGAGAUUUCUUAAAGCACUGAAAAUUUGGUUGAGGGAUGAACUUUGAUUAAUCAAUUCUAUUGUUUAUAUCUGUGAAGGUUAUAACAAAUGGCCAGCUACCUGGAUGGGAAACAUCUUCCCUAAAUGAGGAGAAAUAGGACAUAUGCCCCAUCUACACGGCCAUAUAGUGCACUUUGAAACUGCAUUAUAUGACCAGUGUAGACUUAUAUAAUGCAGUUCAAUGCAGUGUAGAUGAGACCAUAGUUGUCAAUAUGCUCUUUUGUUAGUUAAACUAUGUACAAAUAUUUGUGCCUAGGGUGUGCUAUCAAUACAUUGGUACUAUGUAUUAAUUAGUUUCUCCCAUGAAGCUUGUAAAGGGUAGUUAAAUAAUUCAGGCCAUAGAGUUAAUCUAGGAAUUUUAUAUUUCUUAGAAUAAAUGUGGAACUUCCAAUGAAAAUUGAGAUCAGCAAUGUGUGAAGCAAAGGGAAUUUGAUCCUUGUAACUAAAGGUAGUAUGGUUAAGAAGCUAUUAUUGAAAUUGUGCAUGCUCUUCAGCUUUCUAAUACUUCCAAUUACUAUGAGGCAGAAAAAAUUCUAAGAUGUAAGAGCAAGUCUAUGCAUAUGCUUCUCUUGAGAAGAGUAGUGUUUAGUUAUAGAGUUAUAGCAAUUUGAUACCACUUUAAUAGUCAUGGCUUCAUCAUAUGGGAAUUAUAUGAUGAACAGAUUCUUCAUUUCUAUUGUAGUUCUAUUCGGUAUAUCCUCCACAUGCCUGCAUUAUGGUAUGUAUGCAAGAGAAAAGGUGCAGGCUGGAAGUCUUCAGUUUGUGAAAACGUUGAGGUCCAAUCACAAAAUAGUGGCUAGGAGAUAACAACAUGUCCUUGGAACUGAGGGAAAUGAGUGCCUCCGAUCAGAACUUAGUCAUAGACUCAUAAAAUUAUAGAGUUGGAAGAGACCUCAUGGGCCAUCCAGUCCAACCCCCUGCCAAGAAGCAGGAAAAACGCAUUCAAAGCACCCCGAUAGAUGGUCAUUGAGCCUCUGCUUAAAAGACUCCAAAGAGGAGCCUCCACCACAGUCUGGGGCAGAGAGUUCCACUACUGAACAGCUCUCACAGAUAGUUCUUCCUAAUGUUCAGGUGGAAUCUCCUUUCCUGUAGUUCAAAGCCAUUGUUCUAUGUCCUAAUCUCCAGGGCAGCAGAAAACAAGCCUGCUCCCUCCUCCCUAUGAAUUCCCCUCACAUAUUUAUACAUAGACAUUAUGUCUCCUCUCAGCCUUCUUUUCUGCAGGCUAAACAUGCUCAACUCUUUAAGCCACUCCUCAUAGGGCUUGUUCUCCAAACCCUUGAUCAUUUUAGUUGCCAUCCUCUGGACACAUUCCAGCUUGUGUCCCCUCAAUUGUGGUGCCCGGAAUUGGAUACAGUAUUCCAGGUGUGGUCUCACUAAGGCAGAAUAGAGAGGUAGCAUGACUUCCCUGGAUCUAAACAGUAUACUCCUAUUGAUGCAGGCCAAAAUCCCAAUGGCUUUUUUAGCCACCACAUGACAUUAUUGGCUUAUGUUUAACUUGUUGUCCACGAGGACUCCCAAGAUCUUUUUCACGCAUACUGCUGUCGAGCCAGGCGUCCCCCAUUCUGUAUCUUUGCAUUCCAUUUUUCCUGCCUAAGUGGAGUAUCUUGUAUUUGUCCCUGUUGAACUUCAUUUUGUUAGUUUCGGCCCAUCUCUCUAAUCUGUUAAGAUAAUUUUGGAUUCUGCUCCUGUCUUCUGGAGUAUUGGCUAUCCAUCCCAGUUUGAUGUCAUCUGCAAACUUGAUCGUGCCUUCUAACCCUUCGUCUAAGUCAUUAAUAAAGAUGUUGCGCAGAACCGGGCGGAACCCUGCAGCACUCCACUCAUGACUUCUUUCUAGGAUGAAGAAGAAGAUUGGUGAGCAGCCUUUGGGUUCGUUCACUUAACCAAUUACAGAUCCACCUAAAUGGUAGUUUUGCCUAGCCCACAGUAGUUUGUUUGCCAGAAGGUCAUAGGGGACCUUGUUGAAGGCCUUACUGAAAUCUACAUCCAUGGCAUUCUCUGUAUCUACUCAGCCUGUAACUCUAUUGAAAAAAAGAGAUCAGAUUAGUCUGGCAUGACUUGUUUUUGAUAAAUCCAUGUUGACUAUACUGCAGUAGAAUAAAAAGUGGGAUUCAGAAAUGCUUGGUGAUUCACUGGAAAUCAUUCAGAAUAUUAAUCAAUAGAUACCACUAUGCUUUCUGCUCAAUCCUAUGCUAAUGAGGACUGAAGCAUCACAGUCUACUAGAUGCUAAGACAGUGUUUCUUUUAAGAUUUGUUGUUAUUUUUAAACACUUACCAUUUUAGUCCACUACAAAGUAAGUGCCACAGUUGUAGUGUUUCUCUGUUUUAAGAAUUUUAUCUGUCACUAAUAACAGUAACACACACACAUAUGAAAAAGAUUGUUCUGUUAUUUUACUAUUGUUCUAAGUUAUUUUGCUAUGACCAUUGCAGAUUCCUUAUAGCACUUAAUGCAGUAUUUUUAGUUUGUUGGGAUAGUUUUAGGACCUUAGUUUAUUGGGGUACUUAGAAUUAUUUCCUUGAAUCCUCUGGUCUAUUCCCUGAAUUAGAGCACUAGAGCUCUCUAGGAGCCCCUGGUGGUGCAGUGGGUUAAACUCUGACCUGAAGAUUGCCAGUUCGAAUCCAGCUCGGGGAGAGUGCGGAUUAGCUCCCUCUAUCAGCUCCAGCUCCAUGCGGGGACAUGAGAGAAGUCUCCCACAAGGAGCUUCACACCAGAAGCAAUUUGCAAUUUCUCAAGUAGCUCCUGACAGAAAAAAGGAGAUAAUUCUUACCACUAAACUACAAAUCCCAGGAUUCUGAAAGCUGGAGCUAUAAUAGUUAAGAUGGCAUCAAACUGUUUUGCCGCUGUAGAUACAGUCUUUGUCACAAACAGAGAAACUCAAAAUAGAAAAUGCACUGUAUCUAACAUCUCUGGCUGCUGCUGACUUUUGUUUAAAUUGUUAACAAACCCCAAAGCUCGCAGGUGAACCACAAUUGCCAUCAAGAGUUCGCAAUAGUAGGAAGGAAAUGAGUUGAGAGAUGUUGGGAUAAUUUUAAAUGGCUUCAAUAAAAAGGAUGGUAAGAUUGCUUUUAUGCCUAUCCAAGUAAGGACAAAAGGUAGUUGAUUUAUGCUGAGGAGCAUAACACUGAUGUAAACUCAAGUAAUGAACAUUUUACAAAAUUUCCUGGUGGAAUUUUUGCAAGAGACAGUUCUGUCUAUAAGUUUUACAUUUGCUUGAGCUAUAUUGGCUCUGCAACUGCUGAACCUGAUUACGGUCUUUAAGGCAUCGUAUAAUGUUUAGUGUUAUCUAUGCUUGUUAAGGAGAGAUAUCAUACUAUUUUAUGCUAGUCAGUUAUUAAUAAAUUACAGAAUGCACCAGAGGAUUAUUUCAAAGCAGCAUAAGAGUAACUGUGUAUGUGUGUGUGUGUGUGUGUAGGGUAAAGGUUUCCCAACAUUAAGUCUAGUCCGACUCUGGGGGUUGGUGCUCAUCUCCAUUUCUGAGCCGAAGAGCUGACGUUGUCCGUAGACGUCUUCAAGGUCAUGUGGCCGGCAUGACUUCAUGGCGUGCCAUUACCUUCUCACUGGAGCAGUACCUAUUGGGGCUGGGGCUGACAGCGGGAGCUCACUACGCUUCCUGUAUUCGAACCAUCCAACCUUUCGGUCAGCAAGUUCAACAGCUCAGCGGUUUAAUCCACUGCGCCAUCAGGGGCUCGAUAAUAAUAAUAAUAAUAAUAAUAAUAAUAAUAAUAAUAAUAAUAAAUCUUUAUUUAUAACCCGCUUUUCUCUCACACAAGACUCAAAGUAGCACCGUGGGCUCCUAUAUAAUAUCUAUAUAUAUAAAAGGGUAAUGAAAUUUAGGCCUAGGACAAAACAACAAAACUACACAUCCCAGAAACACUAAACUUGGCAGCACAACCCCUCAUCCAUGCCUCUAUGUUCAUACAACAAAAAGAAAAAAAUAAAGUCCUAAUUAGAGGGAGAGGAAUAAUUGUUUUUAUCCAAUUCCUGCCAGUUAGAAGGCUAAGCUCCGUUAGGGGGAAACCUUUACCCUUUACCUUAACUACCACCAAUACCUCAAUACAGUAGAGUCUCACUUAUCCAACUUAAACGGGCCGACAGAAUGUUGGAUAAGCAAAUAUGUUGGAUAAUAAGGAGAGAUUAAGAAAAAGCCUAUUAAACAUCAAAAUAGGUUAUGAUUUUACAAAUUAAGCACCAAACAUCAUGUUAUACAACAAAUUUGACAGAAAAAGUAGUUCAAUAUGCAGUAAUGCUAUGUAGUAAUUAUUGUAUUUACGAAUUUAGCACUAAAAUAUCACGAUAUAUUGAAAACAUUGACUACAAAAAUGCGUUGGAUAAUCCAGAACGUUGGAUAAGUGAGCAUUGGAUAAGUGAGACUCUACUGUACUUUAUUUCCCAUACCACCAUACUUUGCCACAGCAACGCGUGGCCGGGCACAGCUAGUAAUAUAAUAUAAUAUAAUAUAAUAUAAUAUAAUAUAAUAUAAUAUAAUAAAUACACAUAUUACAGAAUGAUUGGAAACUUUAACCCUUUCUAAUAAAUGGGAAUGUGGUUAAAUUGUAAUGCCUCCAAUGACCUAUUACUAAAAAUAUCCUGAUGCAACAGUUUCUUUUUCUUUAAAAGCUACACAAAUGAAUAAGAGGGAAAGUAGCAGUUGAACUGUGAACACUGUAUAACUAUGAAUGAAUUUUGCUGCCUUCCCAUAGGUUUUUCAUACCAACUGAAGGCAAGCUACAUUUAGAAACCUAACCCCAAGCUCUUUUCACAAGGGAAGAAAUGUAUGCCAGUGCCCUUAUUUUAAGUUAGUCCAUCUUUAGCAUAAAUUCGGCAUAGAUUUUCAUAGCACCUGAACAAAGAAGUGUGUUGUGGGCGUGUGUGUGUAAUGAUUUAAUAAAACAAUUGCUUUGUGUAUGGCAGCAGGUGUGUUGUUAAUCUGCAGUAGAAUGCGGGACAGGAUAACAUAGUAUGAUUGCAACAGAAGAUUUUAUUGCCUCCCUAUCUUAUUCCAGAAAGACUCAGUAGGUCUAUUCUGCAUAGUAUAUUUAUGCAUAUGAGUUGCAUAUGCAAAAUCACACAUCUAGGGCUUCCUACAGAGACAAAUCCCGAUUCAAAAAUACAGGGCAUGAUGUUUAAUGCAUUCUGGGGAUGAAUAUUGUACAGCAAAUGAGAACUACACUCCUGGGGAUCUAUGAUUGCAGGUUUCAUACAGUGUCACCUGCUGCUCCUUAGAAAGAGCACAGGGCAUUAUAUCUGAAGGAGAAAAGCAUAGCUGGCCACAUUCCUGGCCCCUGGUUUAAGGGUCCUGGCAUAGUUUUUAAGCAUCCCAAAACCCCAAAUCAAUAUGGUGGAGGAUGAACUUAAAGUUCUUUCCUGGCUUGAUCCUAGGAUGAAAGCUGAUUAGCUUCAUUGGUGUCUGUGCUUUUUUGAAGCAUACCACGGAAGAAAGCUCGCUGCACACUGAUGGCUGCUGCUUGGGAAAAUGCCCUUGUGUCUUUUGCUUCUUUCCUCCCACCCAUUCCAAUUCCAAUAAUGACUAAAGACAAGAGGAAAUUAUAUGAACUGAUUUUUCUUAAAUGCAUUCAAUUUGUUAUCAAUGAGACUUCAAACUAAAGUGUUCACAAUGCUUUUGGUCUCUCAUCAUAUAUUUUUUCCCUCUCCUGCCCCCCCCCCCUUUCUGAAUCACAGAUAAAUGCAUGUGCAUCACUUAAAAUUCGCAUUUGUGAAAAAUGUGCUCAUAAGGUUUUGUUUAAUGGCAAUAAUAUGAAAUUAUGCCCCCGGUGGUGCAAUAGGUUAAACUCUUGUGCUGGCAGGACUGCUGACUUGAAGGUUGGGUUGCUGACCUGAAGGUUGCCCUUUAGAAUCCAGGGAGAGCGUGGAUGAGCUUCCUCUGUCACUCCAGAUCCCCACCUGAGGACAUGAGAGAAGCCUCCCAUAAGGAAGGUAAAACAUCAGACAUCCGGCCGUCCCUUGGCCUACGUUCUUGCAGACAGCCAAUUUCCUCACACCAGAAGCAAUUUGCAAUUUCUCAAAUCGUUCCUGGCAUGGAAAAAAAUGAAAUAAUAUGCAAGGCAUAGAAGGAAAAAUAACUACUAAAAUAUGCACAGAUUUCCAAGUAAGGGAGAGGGGAAGUCGUACUACCAGGUACAUAACAAGAAGAUAUGUAGGGAUAAUCAAGUCUGAGAGCUUUUCACAUCCUUGCUUUUGAUGGAAGCCAACGAUAUCUUUUUUGUGCUGCUGCUUAAUGUUUGAAUCACCCAUCUCUGUCUUUAAUUAGUAACUUGUUCCUUAGAUUACUUUUAAAUGUGGCAAUAAAUUUGAUAGCAAAUGAGCAGUUUGGGGAGGGAAGUGCAGGAUAGAACAUCUUUCACUUUCUAGAUAACCAGAAGUCUUAACUAACAUUACCAAAUGGGAAGGGAUUGUGAAAGAUGCCAUCCAAAAUAUCUAGAUGACCAAAUAUGUGAUUGUAUUUUAGGGUUUGAGGAUUUAAUUUGAUUCAACAGGUAUUCACUUUCCAAGCAUGAAUAGGAAAUUUCCAAGCAUGAUAUGAGGGCCACACCAUUCCUUAUUGCUAAUUCCCAAUAUAUGACAAUACAGAUGCUUAUAGCAUGGCUAUGUGAAGGUUUAUUCUGAUAAAAAAGGCAAAAUUGCUUCCCUUUUUCCAAGACAAUGCCUCUCCCAAGGAAGUCUAUUUAGGGUUUUGGCUACAUAUCACACACGAAGAAGAGCACAUUUCUGCCCUUUUGUUUGAAUUUGUUUUGGAUUGUGACCUAAGUACAGUCAGAGAGAACUGUGAAAAAAACUAUAAAACAAAUGAGAAGGUAUUGAUGCUUAUCAAAAAGGAAUGGCUUUUAAACUUGGGGAGGGCGAGAGAAAGAGGCCUCCUAUAAAUUAUAAAGUGGACCUUUCUUAAGAAAAUAAAUCUCAAAAGGAAUUUAUAAAACCAAUCUUCAGUUAAAUAUAUAUAUAUUACUGUUAUCCUGUAGAUAAAGCACCUUUGAUGCUAAAAGUGUUCCACCUAUUCCAGCCUGGGUUAAAAUGUUAUCUUAUUUUGCCCCAUGAAUUAAUUAAGAGGUGUAACAGAUGGACAUGACUUUUUUUGAACAAAAAUCCUCCCUACAGUUUGAUGUCACAGCUGGAAGUGUUGCCUUUUCAGCAGAUCUUUUUCUGCUCUUUUAUUUCUUGAAGGAUCCAAAGCUAAUAUGACUUCUAAACAUCCUGAAGAUGGUCUUGAUGAAUAAAUAGCUAGACUCUAUUUGUUUCCACCCUAUCCCUGGUGCUCCAUGAAGCCCUGUUGCCUGCUUUUAUCUUCUUUCCAUCUGUCCUUGCCUUUUUCCAACACAGUGCUAAACAAAUGUGAAGCAGCAGCUGGAGAACUAAUGGCAUUUACCAUGCAUUAAUAUGAUGUUUUCCAAGGAGAAGGAGCCUUAUGAUUGGAUGGCUCAUCUAAUGCUAUCCAUGAAGCCAUCUUUCCCUGGGGUGGUGUUGCCCUUUGCUGUAAUUGUCUCACAAAAUGUGGGAGAUGGUGACCCCCAUGCAUAGAUAUAGCAGGUGCAUCAGAUUUUAACUGAUGGAGCCAAAAUUCCUCCUCUCCCUUGCCUUUCAUCUCUGUAAUCCAUCAAUAUAGAAAAGGUUGUUUUAGGCAGAAAGGGCAAAAAUCCUGAGUCUCCCUCAUGGUGAGCAUCACAGUAGGCCCUUGGUAUCUGCUGUGGUUUGGUUCCAAUACACCCCAUGGAUAUGAAAAUCCAUGUUUGCUUUCCCUUCUUGUUUUUGAUACUGUUUUUUGUCCCAUCCUUAACAUUAAAACCUGCCCUUAUGUUUUAUUCCGACUCUACUCCAGCACCAAAGUUAGAUUCUUGGACCUUAGAUCUAGGUAAGGAGGAAGCAGUGGUAAUGGAGACAGCUCAUAAGAUCAAGAGAACAGAGAUAUACAUGACUCACUCUUGCUCACAUCUUCAUCACACUUAUAGCACAGGCCAUGGUGGUUCCAUCAUGUGGCUGUAUCAAAAGGAAGUGCAUCCAAGAAAGGUGGACAGAUAGACAAUUUCAAUCUAGAAAUGAUAUUAAAAAAUAUUUUUAUUCCAGCUUUCUCCCAAUAUAGAGACUCAAUGUGGCUAAACAUUCUCACACAGUGGAAAAUAGUUUCUUUUUAAUAUGUGGAGCUAUGUUGUUGUCAAUGUCAUGUGCCUUUAAAUUUCCAAUUUAUUGUGACACUAAGGUGAAUCUGUUGUGGAGGUUUGGGUGGGGGAGAAUAAAAGAAUCUGACUCAUCCAAGGUCACCCAGUGGGUUUCCGUGGUGGAGUGGGCGUUUGACUAGUCCAGUACUCAAAAACCACUACACCACAAUGGCUCUCUGUAGUCAUAACUGAAUUGAGGCAACAGGUGUUAAAGUCAGUUGAAACGAAUAAGGGAGGGAUGAUUUUACUGAUAUGCUGCAGGUCUAUUGUCUUUCCCAUGCAAAUACUUACUGUUGAACUCAAAGAGAUUCAUGUGACUUCAGAAAAUUAGAUUGCCCUUUUAGCUACACUGUGUAAUAGUCAUUUUAACUCUCAUUAAUUUCUGGGGUUUAUUACUAUCCCAUUUUCUUUCUUUUGUUUGUGUAUACAUUAUAUAUGCAACCCAAUGUGUGUGUGUUUUAAAUUGCUAAUCUGCAUUGUUAACAGAAAUUAUUUACAAGUCUCAAUUAUGUUCCUACAUUUCUUUGAAGUUUUGAUAGUGCUGACAGAUGUACGCAUAAUAGAUUUCCCUUCAGAGUUUCAAGUCACAUUCCAUCGGCAUUUUAAAAUGUAUUAUUGACAUUUUGCCAUUUGACUGUUUUCUGUCUGUAUGUUGUUUUGCCUUUCACUUUCCAUUUCAAGAUUUUAAUGAAUUUUUGUUUGGUUUUUCAUUUUAUUUUUUAAAAAAUGUGCCUGGGAUAUUUUAAAGAUUAAAUAAUCAAGGUUUACCA